AAAAUCAGCCUCCACUUUGUCAUCAUGAGUUUCGACAGGUACUCCCGCGACGACGUGAUCGGCGAGGUAGUUUGCCCGCUCUCGUCCGUAGAAAACCUGCACCUCACGCAAACCCAGAACAUCUCGCUCUGCCGGGAAAUCUGUCCUCGAAGCUUGAAGAUCCAGUCGCAGGGCCGAGGCGAGCUACUGGUGUCCCUGUGCUGGCAGCCAGCCGCAAGCAAGCUCACCGUGGUGGUGCUGAAGGCGCGAAAUCUGCCGAAGAUGGACGUGACGGGACUCGCGGAUCCUUACGUCAAGAUUUAUCUGCUCUACAACGGCCAGCGCAUCGCCAAGAGGAAGACGCACGUGAAGAAGCGCACCCUCAACCCGAUCUUCAACGAAUCGAUCGUCUUCGAGAUACCGAACAGCGGUGAAGGCCUUGGCAAAAUCAGUCUCGAGUUUGCUCUGCUCGAUUGGGACCGAGUUACCAAGAAUGAGGUGAUCGGACGACUGGAAAUCGGUGGACCUAAAUGCCAGGGCUCGACGCUUAAUCAUUGGAACGAAGUGUGCAAUUCACCGAAGCGCCAGAUAGCCGAUUGGCACAAAUUACGAGAGAUGCAUGAGAUCACGGCAAUUUUCGACAUCGACCUCACUUCACCGAGGGCAGGAACCCCAACCCAGCCGAGUGUGGACGUCACCUUGAGCAUCGAGAACGAGCGGGACAAAGCCGAGCUUGAGAUAAGCGAAAAGGCCCACCGCAACAACAACAACAACAACAACAACAACAACAAUGGCAUCAGCAAUGGCAUCGUCGACUGCGUCGACGCCAGCCGAGACAGUCUCGGCAAGCUGGUGUUCAAGCUGCACUACCUGAGCGAACAGAACGGGCUCGUGGUCACGGUCGUCCAGUGCAAAAACCUGCCGGCUCGGGGCCAGCACAGCAGCGAUCCCUACGUCAAGCUGCAGCUCUUGCCCGACAAGCAACAUCGCACCAAGACUCGCGUCGUUCGGAAUACUCGGGAUCCCAUCUACGACGAGGACUUUACUUUCUUUGGAUUGUCCUUUGCUCAGUUGCAGGUUUAA